UAUCAAAAACAAAAGAGUGAAUGGAUGAAGAAGCUCCAGGAACACGCCAUAGCUAUGGCUCUUCUCUGUCCUCCUCUUCCCUCUCCCAAUUCUCGUCUUUUCAGGUGCAGGAACAGCAACAUUUCGAGUAAGUAUCAUGGAGAAUCAAAAGAGCUGGUGAUUGCUCGUUCUGGUGUGUCUACGAGAUCAAUUUCUUCGGAAAAGGGGCUCUCUCGUAGGGAUUUGGUGCUAAUUGGUUUGUCUUCUCCAUUGUCUAUGCUCUUGCCACUGUCGUCUCCUGUUACUCAUGCAGAAGAAGACCUGAAAUUGGGUACAGAAGAAUUGAAAAUGGGUACAAUGGUGGAUGAUAUUAAUGCUUAUUCUUAUGCUUACCCACUGGAUUAUCCAUCUGAGAAGCUUGUCUUCAAAUGGGUCGAAUCAAGAAAGCCCGAACGAUACUCUUCAGCUGCACCACUCUCUCCUGAUGCACGUUUACGGAUUGUUUCUGAACGAGUUGACCUCAUCGACAACCUCGUCAUUUCUGUUUCGAUAGGUCCCCCAAACUCAAGAUUAACAUCAAAAGAAAAGAAAACAUGGGCCGCUAAAGAAGUUGCUGACUCUGUUUUGUCUGAUAAAUCAGCAUUGCGUGUCACCUCAAGUCAGCGUCUCGAAGAGAGCUCAGUUCUCGAUGCACAUGCUACUGAUAUUGAUGGGGAGCCUUACUGGUACUACGAGUACCUUGUCCGCAAAUCACCAACCAAAAUUGCUGAAGCAUCAAAGCUUUACAGACACUAUAUUUCUUCAACAGCUGAACGUGAUGGGUACUUAUACACCAUAAACGCUUCAACUCUUGGCAAGCAAUGGGACAAGAUGGGACCAGUGUUAGAAAGAGCAGUGGGAUCCUUUAGGCUUCUUCCUCCUACUGAUAGUUAUGUUCCUCCAUACAAGGAUCCAUGGAGGUUUUGGUGAUGCUUCCAUCUACCUCAGCAUCUCAUCAAAAAUACUUUUUCCCGAAAUUGUUGUUAAUUUUGAUAGGAGAGGUUAUGAAAGAUGUAGUGUGAGAAAUGAGCGAAGCGAAGUAAUUUGUCCAAAUCUGAAAAUCUUGUUCACAAUCAAAUGUAUUGAGAUGGAGAUAUAAAUGUAUAACUUGCAUUCUUCUUCUAAACUCUUCCCAACUGGUAUGGUAUCCAAGGAAUUUUUAUGCUUA